AUGUCGACCGUCAGCGACGUUAUCAUCCAUGAUCACAAGGAGCUGAAGGACUAUUUCAACGAAAUCGUAAACUCGACCGACCACGAUCAUCAGGCUCGAUACGGAAACCAGUUCGUCUGGGAGUUGGCCCGCCAUUCGAUCGCUGAGGAACUGAUUGUCUACCCGGCUUUCGAGAAGUACCUCCCGGAGGGUAAGACCAUGGCUGAGAGCGAUCGCAAGCAACACCACCAGCUCAAGGAACAUCUCAAGGAAUUUCAAAACAUGAAGGCCUCCCAUCCGGAAUACGUUCCGAAACUCAAGUCUCUCUACACCUUGCUAGAACAACACAUUGCUGAAGAGGAGAGGGACGAUCUUCCCAAGUUCGAAAAGGCACUCAGCAACGAAGAUGGCGUUUCCGCAAAGCUUGCCGCCAACUUCCAGCGCACCAAAAAAUUCCUACCCACGAGGAGUCAUCCCUCGGCUGGAGAGGCACUCAAGCCCAAGCUUAUGUACAAUCAGAAUCCCGCUUUCGAGUCAGCCAUGGGACUGUUGGCAGCUCCUAUCGAUAAGCUGGCGGACAUGUUCCGCAAAUUCCCCGUUAAAUAG